UUAAUACGUACUCUCACAUCACUAAGUGACACCUGAAUGACAGCUUAUGUUGCGGGGGUUGUUUACAUUUUAAUGUUUUUCGUCCACGCAGAAUAGAGAACUCACAACAUUAUAAUGGAGUGUUUGGUGGCGAGCGUUGAUCACAUAAAGUUUGAUAUAGAAGUGGCCCUAGAUGAACAAUUCGGAGCCUUACCUCUUCCCUUUUCGGGAAUGGACAAAUCAAUCGCAGCCGUGUGCCAGUUUUAUUCUUCCCCAAUAGGAUGCCAGAAAGGACCCCAAUGCCCUUUUCGACAUGUUCGAGGCGAUAGAACUAUAGUGUGUAAACAUUGGCUUCGAGGUUUGUGCAAGAAAGGAGAUCAGUGUGAAUUUUUACACGAGUAUGACAUGACAAAAAUGCCAGAAUGCUACUUCUAUUCGAGGUUUAACGCUUGUCAUAAUAAAGAGUGUCCAUUUCUUCAUAUUGACCCAGAAAGUAAAAUUAAAGACUGUCCAUGGUAUGAUCGUGGAUUUUGUCGGCAUGGACCACAUUGUAGACACAGGCAUGUUAGAAGGGUUUUAUGCACGAAUUAUUUAGCUGGAUUUUGUCCAGAUGGGCCUAACUGUAAAUAUAUGCAUCCACGUUUUGAACUUCCUGCACCACCAGAUCAGGUUCAAAAAGAUAAAAAAGCGGCGCCGGUUAUUAUUUGUCACUUUUGUAAUGAACAUGGUCAUAAGGCUAUACAUUGCAACAAAAUGAAUAGUGAUAGUAAUAAGGAUGGACAGUCGGAUGAUCAUAAAAAGCAUGAUAGUAAUUAUGAACCUCAAAAUUCAUUUUUGCAAAAGAUGCUUCCAAAGAAGCUUGAAGAUGUUACGUGUUACAAAUGUGGGACGAAAGGUCAUUAUGCCAAUAGGUGUCCUAAGGGACAUUUAGCUUUCUUGUCACAGGCUAAAAAUAAUCAAGAUGGACAAGGUGAUCAAUAAAUACGUUAUUAUUCUAGGUGUAAAUAAUAUUGUAAGUUAUUAAAUAAAUGUAAAGGUGAACAUUCAAAAUACACGAUUUUUACAAGUA